GUGGGGGGAAGCCAGAAGCAGGGAAGAAGAAGAAGCGAAGCGGCAUUUAAUUUAUUGAUUUGGAAACCACUGAGAAAUGCCUGAUGGCACGCGAUGCAAGGCGAUUGUGAGUCGCCGGUCCCGAAACCAAGGACAUCAUUACCCCCCUCGCUGUAUUUGGUGAAGCGACUGUAACGUGUUUUUUUUCAUGACCAAAAACAGCGACUGUGUCGCCCCGUUCAAACCCAAACGGACAUCACACACACAAAAACUCACUCCGUGCGCGACAUUCAAAGCGUCGCAAGUGUUCAAUCAUAAUCAUUAUCCAGCAGUGCCUUUUGGGAUUAAGAUACUACUAGAAAGGAUGUCGGUGGCUGCAACAAAUGGAAUCGCCGUCGGUGGCGGUAUCAGUGAGACCGAUAAUGUCUCUGCCCUUGAGCUGCAAUCAAAUCGACGCAUGCUGUACUUCAGUGACGGCGUCAUGGAGGAGCUAUCCUCAUCCAGCGAUAGCGAAACCGAAGCGGAUGUACCGGACAAGUGCUACAAUAUCCAGUUGGAUGAGCGCGAAAUGGCAUUGGGGCCGCGCCUACGGUACAAGGCCAGCCGCAUGGGCAAUAAAUUCUUAGCCGGCAUUGACUAUGUGGGCGGUGGGCUGGCCUCCCUGCUGGGCAUUACCAAUACCAAAUAUGCCAGCGAAAUGGACAGCUACCAAAGGGCCAAAAUCCAAGGGGACGAGGACCUUGACAACAACUGGCAGCCGCAGAACAACAAUCACAACAACACAAACCGCAACGAGACCAUCGUGAUGUGUGCACCGGCACGCAGCGAGUUGGCAGCUCCACCACCGACUGAAGUGCAGCAGCAGGGACGACAAUAGCAAGAGAGACAGAGGGAGGAGAGAUUUUGAUACUCGAUUUUUACAAAAUGGUAAAACCAAAAAGCGAAUAAUAAUAUUUUGCAACAUUUUCGACACACUUUAUUCGCUAGCAAAAUAAGUUACAAUAAAAGAAAUACAAAAACAACAAA